GGUUAAUUACACCAUUAAGCUGCGCUGUUUAUGUGAAAUUUAGAUUAUUUUACUGUAUUGUUUGGUUGUUUGGGACAAUAAUAAAAAACAGAAACGUGAAUUUUGGAACACGACACAGCAAGACAAUGUUGCAGUACACCAUGCCUGUUAGUAACACUGGGUUUCUGAAUAUUUGUGAUAGACUUUACCGACCGGCUUGAAUUGAAGUGAACGUGUCUAAAAAAGUGUGCGUUUUGUUUUACUGAUUUGAUGAAUUCACGUCAUGUUGCAAAGAUGUCAAUGUCAGCUGUGCAUGCCAUGGGAUUGACUGCUCACUUGUGUGAGUGCGAGGCUAAACUUUACUGCUAGGCAAAAGCUGAUGAAGAGAUGACAGAUUUAUAAUUUGGUAAGAUCCGAAGAAGGAGGACAUCACAGAAUUCAUAAGAACCACUGUUCCUAAGAAUAGAGAUGGAGGAAGGAGAGCAGUUGGAUGUGCUCGGGGAACAGCUUUACAGCAUCAUUUAUCCCAAGUACUCAGACAUUGCUGGAAAACUGACAGGAAUGCUGUUGGAACUCCCAGCGUCAGUAAUAGAAGAGAUGUUAAAGGAUAAAAGAAUGCUGAGUGAUGGUAUUGAGAAAGCACUUUGUGCUCUUCAGUUAUCAAGCAGUAAUAGUAAUUCUGAGUCCACAGACUCACUAGGGGAACGUCUCUACAAUCUUAUUGAUCUCUACAACACUGGUCACAGUGAGAAGAUAACAGGAAUGCUGUUGGAGCAGAAAAAGGAAGACAUGAAGAAGUUAUUUGUGGAUUCAAAACUGUUGGAAGAAAAUAUUAAUGUUGCAUUAAAAACACUUGAACAACAAAACCGGAUUGAGUUGGAAACCCCCAUUUCAUCAGAGUUUGAUGAGAAGGAAAAGCUGGGAGAGAGUCUGUUUGCAAUGAUAGAGGAAAUUGAUGCAGAGAACUGUGCAGACAUUACGGGUAUGCUGUUAGAAAUGGACAUGUGUACCCUGCAGAAGCUGCAGUGUGACAGGGUGGCUCUUGAGACUGCAGUACACAGAGCUCAGGCAGCCCUGCUUCCUUCUCCAGCGCUGGACACCGCUGUGGAGAGUGACUUGGACAGUGAGACAUAGACAUUGGGGAUGUUGCUGGAAUUGCCCAAAAAACUUGGAGUUGACCUUUUAAACUCACCGGAUAGACUAAACAUGAAACUGGAGGAGGCUGCUUCAGUUCUUAUAGAGAUUUAAUUUCUGUAAUUGAAAUCAGACAACAAAGUAAUUGCACAAUAGUAAUGUGUUUUUUUCUGUGGAAAACUAAAAUGUAAAUACUAAAUAUGCUCACUGAGAUUAGAAUUAGUUUUGGUUCAGUCUUAGAUAGCACUGCACUUUAAAAGUUAUUUUCAUGGUGAUCAUUUAAAGUAUUAAAAAAAAAAAAAUCUGAAUUAAACUAAUUCCCUUACUCUUUCCACUGGCAAGAGGAAAAGAGGUCAUCUUUACUUGAACAAGUGUGCAAAAAGGACUGCUGCAAUUUUGUUUCAAAUAUUUUUUGCGUUGUAAAUGUGCUUGAGAUAAUAUGUCCAUCAUCUCAAGCACGUUUCCCAAUGCAAUAACGAUAUUCAAACGUGUACAUUUACAGGGCAAUUAACAAACACACCAUAUGACAAACUGUUUGGAAGGGAUGCUCGACACCUACAAAAUGACUCGCACAAUCAUUACUGUACAUCUGGGCGGACUUAAGGCACAGAAGCACAUGGCAGCCGAGCACCUGCUAUCAUCCCUGUAUCAGUCUGUCAGAACUGCUGUAGUACAGUACAUACCUCUAAUCCCUAUGUGCACCCUAAAUUGGUGCAAAUCCAAUCUAAAACAGUUGGUCAGUAUUGGGGGGAGUCGUUUUAGUGUUCGUGAUAGACAAAUGCCCUAAUUCUCUGUCAGCGCAGAAAGACAGCACGCACAGAGAACAGCCUCUGAGGCUGUAGUUACUGAACCAUGAUUGCUCUAAUUACACCAGACUACAUUACAAUUAGAAAGUGGUUGGUUAUGUUCUGUAGAAAAACGUAAUUUUAUUAUAGGAAGUUUUGCAUUCUGUGUAUAGAAAUAACAUACAUAUUUGAUUGCCUCAUCUGCAGAAGUGGCAGGUUUAUGAAUGCUUUAUUGUAAAUAUAUAGAAUACUUUAUCAGAUUAUUGUAAUAUGGUGGUUAUGGGACUUAUUAUAAACUUUUGUUAGUCAUAUUAGUAUUUUAUGUAUAUUUACGACAACACAGAACUUUAAUUGAAUUGACCCAGUGUUACGGUAUACUGUUGUAAGGUUAAUAAAAUGAGGAAACAAUGUAACCCUAUUAAUGUGCACGACCCCCAUUGGUGAAAUGUAUAAUGUAAUUGGUGUAUAGUAUCAUCAGAUUCACAGGCAACA